AUGGCAGAGGCGCAGCGAGCGGCGCUCUCCGAUCUGGCGGAGCGGCAUGCGAAGCGCAGCCGCACUAUUUUGCAGCAUUUUCAUGCACAGGCACCGGACUAUGCCGACGUGACGCGAGCGCACUUGGCGUCCAAGAUGCACUCGGACUACCAGCAGGCGCUCGUCCUUCCUGAGGUCAUUCAGGCGCGGCAAGGCCCAGCGCCCCCUAUACCAUCCAAGCCUACGGAGCUUUCUGGGAUGCUGGACGAGAUGGAGGUGCAGCGUGGCCUAGCGAAGCAGCACGCACCGUCUUCAGCCGUGGCUUUACGGCCUGCUGCGGCAGCCAAAGCGACGCCGGCGUCGGCGUCGCACUUGCAGACAGCGCUGAUGCGGCCUGAAGAGGCUGUGCAUGAUACCGGGCGAUCGAUGCUGAAUAGUGCGCUGAUCCGCAAGAAGGAGCUAGCGCAGCAGCAGGUGAAGCCGGCGUACCAUGCGCCGUGGAAGCUGAUGCGUGUCAUGUCGGGUCAUCUCGGCUGGGUGCGGUGCGUAGCUGUGGACCCGCACAAUCAGUGGUUCGCGACGGGGGCGGGCGACCGCAUUAUCAAGAUCUGGGACAUGGCGUCGGGUGAGCUGAAGCUGUCGCUGACGGGCCACAUUUCGCCUGUGCGUGGCCUGGCCGUCAGUCACCGGCAUCCGUAUCUGUUUUCGGCGGGCGAGGACAAGCUUGUCAAGUGCUGGGACCUGGAGACGAACAAGGUCGUGCGGCAGUACUAUGGCCACCUGUCUGGUAUCUAUGCGCUGAGUCUGCACCCGACGCUCGACGUGCUGGUGACGGCGGGACGGGAUGCGUCGGCGCGUGUGUGGGACAUGCGGACGAAGACGCAGAUCCACGUGCUGGGUGGGCACCGCGGCACGGUGGCGAGCGUGGCGUGUCAGGAGGGUGAUCCGCAGGUGAUUACGGGCAGUAUGGACGCCACGAUCAAGCUGUGGGACCUGGCGGCGGGGCGGUGUGUGACGACGUUGACGCAUCACAAAAAGUCGGUCCGAGCCCUGGCGCUGCCUCCGCACGAGUUUACGUUUGCGUCCGGCUCGGCGGGGGGCCACAACAUCAAGCGGUGGCGGUGUCCGGAGGGCACGCUGAUGACGAACAUGACGCAUGAGGGCAUUGUGAAUACGCUGUCGUGCAAUGCGGACGGCGUCUUGUUUUCCGGGGCGGACGAUGGGUCGAUGCAGCUGUUUGACUAUGCGACGGGUGUGCCGUUCCAGUCGAUGCGCGACACGGUGCAGCCCGGCUCGCUCGAUGCCGAGGCGGGCGUGUUCUGCUCGGCGUUUGACCAGACAGGCACGCGCCUGAUCACGGGCUGUGCGGACAAGACGAUCAAGAUCUACCGCGAGACAUGA